AUGUAGGAAUGUUCAGUUAUGGCUUCUCCAUAAAUACCUUUUGAUGAAGGAGAUCAUAAAUAGUAGCCCUGGAAGGCAAUGUAAUUAUCUAGUGAUGGCAAAACAUAUUUGGUAAUUGUUUGAACAUUUAUUGGUAGGCAGGCAACUGUACAUAUAAAUUAAAUUUAGCAAAUGAGAAAGAACACCUGUCUAAUCCAGUAUCAAUGCUUCAAUAGGAUAUAUGUCAAGCUGAUGUAGAGUCUUCUCCAGUUUAGUCAUCCGUAUAGUAUUUAUAAAUGAAAUGAUCUCCUUUCAAAAAGUUUCAAGCAUAGCAAAUACUUGAGGGAGGUAAAAGAAUUAAAUUUAUUGAACAAUAGUCUCCAUUAAGGGCUUAAUACCAUUUACGCCAAAGAAAACAGUUUUAACAGACAAAGACUUGAGGAAAUUUAAAAACGUCUCGAAAGUAACCCUAUAUGCAUCCAGUGCAACUUGAAACAGUAGCAAACGGAAAUAUACAUGAGAUGCAAAAGAUUAUAUUUCGAACAAACCAGCUCUACUCUAAACAUAGAAAAAGUGAGAGAAAUUUAUUCUAUGCAGUUUUUAAAGCCCAAAAUCAAAUAAGAAUUAGAUUAAAAACAUGAAAGCAAGGAGCAAUUAAUUAUUUAUUUUUCACGAACCAAAAUAUCGCAUCUUCAAUAUUAUAUUCUUUUAAUUUUUUGA